GAAGAAGCUCUCGGAGCGUUCGGAAGCCAAAUGUGGUUGAGAUAAUGCCCCCAUAUAGGUAGAACAAGAUGCACCCCGUCGAGUUCAGCCUUAUGACAUUCAACCGUUUUCGUACCUGUUGAAGGGCCGCAAGCUCAACGGCCCUCGGCGGCGGUUCGCAAAAUGACGACGUUGGGUGGGGCAAUUGCUAGCUUCGACUUGAACCUCACUUUCUACAACCUUUCAUGUCCCUCACCUUUGAGAGCUUCAUCCCCCAUUUCACUAGCCCCUUAAAUCACCCCCUUCUUAAAACACUCAAUUCCACCCCCAUAACAGUCCCCAACUGAACUCCCUAUCAAAAUGGCCUCCCGCCGCCUCCUAACCCUCCUCCCCCGAGCCGCCGCCCUCCCCUCCCCAGCAACCCGUCCCAUUAUCGCGACGACGAGAUUGAUCAAUUCCCGUCAAUACCACGACUCCCAAACCCAAACCCUCCAAGGCCCCCUCUACAAACACCUCACAACCACCUCCAAACCCUCCCCCACCCUCCAAAAAAGAGCCUAUUCCUCCGACCCACCAGCCGACGACAACCACCCCUCCAAAAUCUACGACUUCUCCUCCCUCCAGAAACUAAUCUCAAACCCGUCGCCCAAAGUGACAAUAAUCGACUCCCGCGAACCAGGCGAACUCCAACAAACAGGCCACAUCCCCUCAGCAAUCAACAUCCCCGUCACCACCUCCCCCGACUCAUUCUUCAUCUCCCCCGAAGAAUUCGAAGACCGGUUCGGGUUCCCCCGUCCCGCCAAAGACCAGGAACUUAUCUUUUAUUGCAAGGCUGGGGUCCGGAGUCGAGCGGCGGCUCAGCUCGCCAAGCAGGCUGGGUGGGAGAAGGUGGGGGAGUAUCCGGGUAGUUGGUUGGAUUGGUUUGAGAAGGGGGGUGCGGUUGAGAGAUCAUGAUUGGGAUGUAAUGGGAGCAGGCAAGAGGAAAGGGUGAAGGAGUGGGCGGAGAAGGAAGCGAUGGGCAAAAGAAAGCGUCCAUGUAGACAUGAAAAUAUGCAUGGCAACAUGCAAGAACCAUAUAAGCCGGUGUGUAGAGAGUUGUUGAAAAACAAAGCUUGAUAUCACAAUGCCAUACUCGUACAACCCUAACCAAGCACGCCUAACCUUGGACAAUGAUAAUUCCAUGACUUUUUCGCCUGUGAACGCCCAUUAAACCCAUCUCGCACACUUCAAACUGACCUCACCCCAGUUCCAAUACCUCUUCACCACUCUCUCCCCC